GCGAGCCGGCUCUUGAUUGGCGGGGAGGCUGAGCGGCGGGGUAAAAAGCGCGCGUUCCAGGCAGCCUGGCUCUAAUCGGGAGGAGAAGGAUGGGGGACGCGUAGUGCUGUUGGAGGUGGAAGCGGAGGCGAGCGUCCGGGCAUGGAGUGCCGGCUGGAAGCGCACCGCAUCGUGAGCAUCUCGCUGGGCAAGAUGUACAACGCGCGGUGCCAGCGCGGCGGAGCCAAGCUGCACAAGAACCUCCUGGUCUCGCUGGUCCUGCGCAGCGCGCGGCAGGCUUUCCUGGAAGGAGGAGGAGGAGGAGGAAUAGGAGGAGGGGGGCUGCCUCCCUUCCUGGCGCCGGGCUGCUCCUGCUGCUGCUCCCGCCUGCCCGCCCUGCCCUUCUGCCCCAGGAAGCGCAGCGCCGCCCGCGAGGAAGAGGAGGAGGAGGAGGAAGGGGAGGCGCCCUCCAAGAAGCCCCGCCGCGAGGAAGAGGAGCCAGGCAGGGAGCCCGGCAACGUGGCCAGCCUCAUCUCCAUCUUCGGAUCCAGCUUCUCGGGACUCUUGAGCAAGAAAGGAGGAGGAGGAGGAGGGCGAGGGAGGCGGAGGCAGGACGAGGAGGAGCCCCUCCGCAGCCUCAGCCCUUGGAGCACCGCCAUCGUGGCCUUCUGACCUCGAGGAAGCAUUGCAGGGAGUCUGGGACUCUCUCCUCCUGGGACUCUCUCCUCCUGGGACUCUCUCCUCCUGGGACUCCCCCCUUAUUGGGUUCUGGCUUCCUGAUGGAGUUGUCUUUGAGACCUUGGGGAGGAUCUGUUGUUCCCUGGUGUGUCAUGUUUUUGGUCUACCCUUAGCCACCUUUGUUCUAUAAAGGCGGUUAUUGGGGGAGCCUUUUGUACAGUUGUUCCCUUUCUUGGAUCCAUGUGGGUUUUUGUAUUGUUUUGACGUGUGUGAUACAGAUUAAACACAUUAGAUGUUA